AUGAAUUUUGAAUUAUACAAAAAGUUGAAGGAUGCUAGAAGUGAUUACGAUGAAUUGUGCAUGAAAGUGUCAAGCUUGAAGUCAUCGAUAAAGCAAAUGUCCAGUGAGAUGUACAUUUUGAACAAAAGGAUCCACGGUCAACAAGUACAUCAAGCUGCUGCUGAUGCCAUGCCAAAGCCAUUGGCUGUUGACAGUAAAACUAUCGUUCAAGGCACUGACCCUGGUGUGUUGACCACCGCCAGCAGUGUAUGGUGCUCUUCUCUCACUCUUUUUGAGUCGAUCAAUCAGUUUCAAAUGCUGCAAGAUUAUUCUGAUACUGCGACCUCUCUUGGAAACGGAAAAACACUCGUCAAGUAUGAAAUGACAGCCAACAUAGUCGAUAAUGCUGUCCUCUCCAACAGGCGAAAGAAGAGGAAGAAGUCGUCAGUCAAGAAGCUACAGAAAGGAAAGGCAACUGGAUGA